AUAGGAAAGAGGAAGUAGCAGAUGUAGUGCGGGGGCCUGGGGUGCAGGAAGAGGGUGGAGCCCGAACCACAGCCCAGAGACCCCCCCAGGGACUCAGGAUGGCAGAAGCGGAGCCCCCCGCCGAACAGGACCCGGAGAGCGAGCCAGGAAACUGGUCAGUGCUGGAGCAGCUGGGGCUGGCAGGGGCCGACCUGGCAGCCCCCGGGGUACAGCAGCGCCUGGAGGCGGAGGUGGAACGGCUGCGGAGGGAGAUCCGCAAAGAACUGAAGCUGAAGGAGGGGGCGGAGAACCUGAGGCGGGCGACCACCGAUCUGGGCCACAGCCUGGGCCCUGUGGAGCUGCUGCUCAGGGGCUCGGCCCGCCGCCUGGACCUGCUGCAUCGUCAGCUGCAGGAACUGCAUGCACAUGUGGUGCUGCGCGAGCCUGACCAGCCCGAAGAUGCCCCCCAGUCUCCUGGCAGCCUCAGCUGUUCAACCGCCAGCCUGAACCGGGUGGCUGGGCUGGAGAAGCAGUUGAACAUCGAGCUCAAGGUGAAACAAGGUGCCGAGAACAUGAUCCACAUGUACAGCAACGGUAGCACCAAGGACCGAAAGCUGCUGCUGACGGCCCAGCAGAUGCUGCAGGAUAGCAAGACCAAGAUUGAUAUCAUCCGUAUGCAGAUCCGCAAGGCCUUGCAAGCUGGCCAGCUGGAGAGCCAGGGCCCGACGGAGGAGAGCCAGGGAGGCCCUGACCUGGGAGCAGUGGAGCUGCGCAUUGAGGAGCUGCGGCACCAUUUUCGGGUGGAGCACGCUGUGGCCGAGGGCGCCAAGAAUGUCCUGCGACUGUUGAGUACUGGCAAGGGCUCCGACCGGCGGGCUCUCUCUGAGGCCCAGGCAAAACUGACAGAGUCAAGUCAGAAGCUGGAGCUGCUGCGGGAGGCGCUGGAGCGGCGCCUGAGCGAGCUCCCCCAGGAACAUCCCAAGGGACGACUGCUACGGGAAGAGCUGGCCAUGGCCACCUCGCCAGCUUUCAGUGCCCGGCACAGUGGCCCCUUCCCCUCCACCCACUACAGCACCCUCUGCAAGCCCUCGCCCCUCACAGGGACCUUGGAAGUACGGGUGCUGGGCUGCAGGGGCCUGCCAGAGAGUACCCCUAGGAGCCCACCCCCUGCCACAGGGGGCCCUGGGGCCUCUGACACCCGCACCUCCUUCUUGAGCCGCCCAGCCCGGGGCCUCUACAGCCGCAGCGGAAGCCUCAGUGGAAGAAGUAAUUUCAAGACCGACGAGCCCACCAACGAGGUCAGCGCUGUGCUGAAGCUGGACAACACAACUGUGGGGCAGACGUCCUGGAAGCCGUGGGGCCCAAAUGCCUGGGACCAGAGCUUCACCCUGGAGCUGGAGAGGGCCCGCGAGCUGGAGAUCUCUCUAUUCUGGCGGGAUCAGCGGGGCCUCUGUGCCCUCAAGUUCCUCAAGCUGGAGGAUUUUCUGGACAACCAGCGGCAUGAGGUGCAUCUGGAGCUAGAGCCGCAGGGCACGCUACUGGCAGAGGUCACCUUCUUCAACCCAGUAAUUGAGCGGAUCCCCCGGCUCCGGAGGCAAAAGAAAAUCUUCUCCAAGCAGCAGGGGAAGGCGUUCCUGCGGGCCCGCCAGAUGAACAUUGACAUCGCCACCUGGGUUCGGUUGCUGCGGCGUCUCAUCCCCAAUGCCAACGCCACGGGCACAUUCAGCCCCGGAGCCCCUCCCCCUGCCGAGCCCCGGCACGCAGGCGACAUCUCCGUUGAGAAGUUGAACCUGGACUCUGACAGCGCCUCGCAGAAGAGUCCCCCGGACGAGCCCUCACUCAGCCUGCCCCCCAGCCCGGGUCCUGGGAGUCAGGACGCUGACCAACCUCCCGAGCUGACACCUGAUGACAAGGGACCCCCCAGCUCCAAUCUAUGCAGCCCCCUGAGGAAGUCUCCGCUGAGCCUGGAGGACUUCAAGUUCCUGGCAGUUUUGGGCCGAGGACAUUUCGGGAAAGUGCUGCUCUCCGAAUUCCUGCGCACCGGGGAGUUAUUUGCCAUCAAGGCCCUGAAGAAAGGAGACAUCGUGGCCCGGGAUGAAGUGGAGAGCCUAAUGUGUGAGAAGCGGAUCCUGGCAGCAGUGACAGGCGCUGGCCACCCCUUCCUGGUGAAUCUGUUCGGCUGCUUCCAGACACCAGAGCACGUCUGUUUUGUGAUGGAGUACACGGCAGGGGGCGACCUCAUGCUACAUAUCCACAGCGAUGUCUUCUCCGAGCCCCGCGCAGUGUUUUACUCGGCCUGUGUGGUGUUGGGGCUUCAGUUCCUGCAUGACCACAAGAUUGUCUACAGAGAUUUGAAACUGGACAACCUGUUGCUGGAUACAGAGGGUUAUGUUAAGAUCGCUGAUUUCGGACUCUGCAAGGAGGGCAUGGGCUUCGGAGAUCGGACCAGCACAUUCUGUGGGACCCCGGAAUUCCUGGCACCAGAGGUGCUGACAGAUACAUCUUACACCAGGGCUGUGGACUGGUGGGGGCUGGGCGUGCUGCUCUACGAGAUGUUGGUGGGAGAGUCCCCUUUCCCAGGGGAUGAUGAGGAGGAGGUGUUUGACAGCAUCGUCAAUGAUGAAGUGCGCUACCCUCGCUUCCUAUCCACUGAGGCCAUCGGCAUCAUGCGCAGGCUGUUACGACGGAACCCAGAACGACGUCUGGGUUCAAGUGAGCGAGAUGCUGAGGAUGUGAAAAAGCAGCCGUUCUUCCGGACCCUGGACUGGGAGGCACUGCUAGCCCGACGCCUGCCUCCCCCGUUUGUGCCGGUGAUCACGGGGCGCACUGAUGUCAGCAACUUUGAUGAGGAGUUCACAGGGGAGGCGCCCACCCUGACCCCACCCCGGGAGCCCAGGGUGCUCACUCCAGCUGAGCAGGAUGCCUUCGCGGACUUCGACUUCGUCUCAGGGGGCUGCUGCUAGCCCUCCUCUGCUCGGGGCGCCGCCCGCGGGAAUGAGGGGACACUUCCCCUUACCCUCGGGUCUGGCCAGAUCCCAGGAAGAAGGUGGUCUGAGACCUUCUCUGCCUUGGGGCCUGUGCCCCCGCCCCUCCUGCCCUCCUUCCCUCGAAAGGACAGUGAACUUCUCUUCCCCUUCACUCGACCUACUUCCCUGCCAUUUGUAGUUUUUAAAAGACCUUCUGGGUUUGCCCUCUA